GUGUUAGGGUGUUUAUUGUUACGAAGGGAGCAGGAGCCGACUGGCAGACAGUCUUCCUACCAGACUUCUUGGUCUUCUUCUACAUGAAUAAGAAGCAAUCGCUAAGGCAUAGCAUAGGAUAGGAAGAAAGCAAUGCUGUCUUCUUUGAGAUCUUCAACUAUAAGAUAUACACAGCCACGGACUUAAACUCGAAGUUCUUUCUCACGGAAGUUUAAACAAAUCUAAGUCAUACAAAUACUGAUUUAUUAAACUAAUUAAAAUAUGUUGCUCGUGGCUUUACUAGAAAAAGAAAGUACUACGGGGAAGGGCAUUGUAUUGUUCUAAUUUCAGAAGCAAUAAAAUUGAUAGCAAGGCUUAAUACGUCAACCUGAUACUAAAGUGAAACACGAACGACAAGUCCAUCCGUUUCGUUUAUUUUGUAAUUUCAAGUGAAUAUUACAGUUUUGUACAAAAAUGAGGUUAUAGUUCACUUCAGUCUCUGUGCCAGGCGCUACGCGAGCUGUCAACGGGCCGAGUUUUCUGGGGGAACAUAAUAGGGGACGCACAAGCGGAAGCUGAACGUUGGCCGUACGAAAGGAGCACGUUGAAGCCGGUUGAAUAGUUUCGGAUGCGAGGCGAAUGAAUAGUCUAUAAUUAUUAGUGGCCAAAUGUUCCAGUACAGUAUAUCAUAGACUUUGUUUGGAGUACCUGGCUGAUCUAAGUUCCAGUGACAUGGUAAUGUUCAGCUCAUGGCUAUGGAAAGCACCGGACCUGAAGAUCUGCAGUGAUUUACCAAUGAGUGGUGAAAGCACUGGGUUAGGGGUACCAACCCCAGCACUGGCGGGGUAUUUGGGAAAAGGGCCGGACACCUGCCCCUGGUGUGCUGUCAGGGGGCAAACCCAUGCUCUCCGUUCUUACCGUGUCAGCUUCCAGGAGUCGGUCACCCUCUGCACCAACCCACAGUGUCUCUUUCCUCUGGUAAGUAAACCCUUGGAAGAUGUUCUGGCUGGCUGUACCCCAAGAGAUGUGAAAACACAGUGGAAGAGGAAAACCCCCGGGAGCCCUGAUAGAGAGUGGUGUUCUCCCUCUCCAAAGCAGCGGGUUACUGAGGAGCUCAGCUCUACCAAUGGCAUACGGUGUAGACCUUGCAGUGUAGAUCUGAGCAGCAGUGUUGUCUCCCAAUCAACUCUUCUACUUGGUUUCACCAAAACCAGCACCGAACUACAGACGGCGGGCUUGUGCGGGGACGUAAUACCUAUUAGCCCAGAAGACCAUGCUGAGAAGGACUCGGAACUGAAGUCUGUGAAGCACUCUGAAUCAGAGCCAGAAUCAAAGUCAGCAGUAAAGCCCCAGCCAGAAUGCAAGCAUGAAGAAAAUUCUGAAAUACGUAUAAGAUUGAGUGAGGUGGAGCCAGCAGAAAGGAAGGAGACAAAUGCAGAACAGCAAUUGGGAAAGGACCUUGAUUUUGUUUUAGCAGUGUCGGAGGAGGAGCUUGUCGUUGCUCCUUCUCACCUGUUUUGGAAAAAUGAGCAAAAUCUUUGUUGGCUUAACACACUUCUGGUGGCACUUGUCUACUGCCACCCUUUGAGGGAGGUCCCGCCUGGCCUCUUAAAGGACACAUCUCCUGUCUGCAGGCUCCUGGGCACUUAUAACCAAUCGUGCUCUCUCAUGAAAGCAAAAGAACAGUUAUACAAGGAAGUUGUAAAGGUACCUGCUGAAGUUCUUCACCAGGCACAGCUGGCACUAGAUGACAUCCGAAUGUCCAUCUUCAAGCGCAUACAACCGAAGCUGCAGUGUCAACUGGGAGACAAGGAGUCCCCGGUGUUUGCCCUGCCCCUCCUACUCAGGCAAGAUGUGGUUGUGGAGGAGCUGUUUCUGCAUGCCUUGGAGUGGGCAUUCGAGUGUGCUGCCUGUGGCCACACCUUCAGCAACAGGUGCAAAAAGACUAUCACCACAUUCACACAUGUCCUGCCUGAGUGGCAUCCACUGACUGCUGUACAUAGAGCGCCAUGCAGCCGUUGCCACCAUAAACAGCAGCGUAGGAGGAUGGUGCUGGAAAGGUUGUCUCAGGUGUUUGCCCUGCACUUUGUGGAUGGACUGCCUCACAGUGAUGUCUCGAAGUACUCAUUUGACUUUCAAGGCACUCACUAUUCUGUGAGAAUUAUCAUCCAGUAUGAUCAAAAGUUGAUGCAUUUUGUCACCUGGUUGCAAACAGACCGAGGUUCCUGGAUUGAGUUUGAUGACUUGAAGCACCCAGUAUGCAUUGUCCAUGAGAAGCUGGAUGUCCCUCCUGAUCAGAUUCACGUUGUUUUCUGGGAGUCACGGGGAAAGGCUGUAGAAAAUCAGUCUAAAGUCCAGCAGCACAACCUCUCACUUCCCUCCCUGCAUGGCGACACGGACGUUGUCUCCGCACUGACGAUAGACGACAGAAAUACGAGUGCUGAGAGAACAGAUGAAAAAAGUGUCAGCAUCAGCAAUAGCACAGUGAUGGAUGCCUUUAAGGGGUUGUCACACAGUGAUAGUGUGACCCUCACUCUUGUGGAGGUGAGGGUAGAUGCUCAAGGAAUGCCUCAGGAUUGCAACUCUGGCAUCACAUCUGAUCAGGCUGACAUUAAAGACCAGAACCUCCUUGCCACAAAGACUGAAUCCCCCUCUUCAGACCAAGCAACCACAGAUGUUGUCGUUCCAAGCCCACAGCAGAAGAGGUUAGGACGGAAUUCAAAACAAAGGAAGGGGAAACAAGUAGAGCAAUCUCAGACAGCUUCACCUUCUAAAUGUCUUUCUGCCAUGCAGGCAGUCUCAACCAACACAUCAGUGGCUCUGUCCACUGCCUCCAAUGCCCGCUGGUCCUCACUACUAAGUAGGCACCCCUCACUCCAGUCCACACCUCUUUCCCAGAGGUCAGUCCCAGGAACGCCACUGCUGAAACCUGCACUGAAGGUAACUGACAAUGAGGGCCUCCCAGUAAAGGCGGCAGACAUGUUUGUGGGCUUUAAGUCACAGGGCAAUGUUGAGCCAAAAGGGCAGAUGCUCAGUGAAAGCCAGGAUUGUACAAGGGUUGAGUGUGGUAAGGAGAGCGAUGUCUUUAAACAACCUUGGACAAAGUCUCCAGGACCACAACCUUCCCUGCUGUCUUUUACCAAGCCACUGGGAACAGUUGGGGCCAGUUCAGCAGACCCCAAAACGCUUCCUAAUCAGGACGUCAGUGACACGUCCAUCAUGAAGGGCUUCGAUGGUACAGACUCCCUUCGUCACAAGCUUCUCAAAAAACUGAAGAAGAAGAAAAUGAAGCUAGCUGCACUCAAUGCGCUGUUGAAGAAAGCGCCUUUGGAGUCUGUGCCGACACCUGAUAGCACAGGCUUCAACUCCCCAUCCACAGUCAGCUCCACCUCAUCUGUGUACAGCAGCCCUGCUUACAGUGAGUUUUUCUCUGGCAUCGUUUCACCCUCCAAAACCACCAGCAGCCUAUCCCCAGACAGCACAGGCCUCCUGGAGAUGCUUGUAAAUGGACAGGAGGGGGUUGCUGAUGCCCCCCAUGGGGAGGUGCGCUGCGUGGACAACAAUGUGAACCCUCUGCCUAAUAGAGCAGAGGACUUAGUGCUUCCAGAACACACAGAUUAUGGCAUCAAUUCAGUGGAGCAUGACUUCUUGGAGGAGUUCAUGUCUGAUUCGUGUGUAACAAAAAAUGUGGAUCUAAGUGCAUUUGAUCUGUUCUUUUAACUUAUGCUUUUGUUGCUUUGAGAUGCAAAAUUUUGCACACACUUUAUAUGCACUACUUAAAAGUUGAAGUUGAGCAACUAGUUCUUGUUUGUUAGUAUCUGAAUUUUUUUAAAGUACUUUUUUGGAAUGUUUUGAAAUGUUUAUGUAAUUUGUAUAAAACUUUACAGUUACAAUAAAUCUGAACAAAGGUGCAUAAAUGGUUAUAUUCAUAAGGAUUAGAUGGCCAGCAGUGCAAUGUACUGGACUUUUUUUUUUUUUUUUUAAAAGCAUCCUUUUUGGUUAAUUUUAUAGCUCCUGUAAAAUGGACAAACGUCCAUGAAUUUGUCCAACAAACUUAGGUAACUGUAAUCAAUACCCUUUUUACAGAGAAUUAGGUACUUAUUUGUAACAGGUUUUCUAAGUCCUGUGUUAUACUUGGGGAUGCUUGAGUUGGUUUUGCCACAACCCCCUAUAAGUGCAGCUGGUAAAAAUACAGCACAACACAGAAUGAUCAUCCCAUGGUGCUUGGGUCAUCCCCUCAGAUUAAUUCACUUGAGUUCUUCAGGGACAGCUGGUAGUUCAGUAUUAGAGCUACUGUCUUUGGAUCCAAAGGUCACAAGUUCCAAUCCUACCUUCCAUUUCUAGUAAACCUGAGCAAGGUACACUGAAUUGCUCCAGUAAAAUUACCAAGUCGUAUAAAUGAAUAAAUUGUCGGUUAAUAUUGAGUCUCUUUGGAGAAGGGUGUAGGAUAAAUGUAAGUCAUCCUAGGUUCUAGAACAGACAAUAACAACUGACCUUGUAAAGCGGGGGAUGGGGGGGG